AUGGCCUCGAAGCUUCUAGCUUCCAACCUCCGCCGAACCCUAGCGAAAGCCACCGCUUCCGCUCCUGCUCUUCGUGGCUUCUCUACCUCCGCCGCCGCGACUGCUUCUGCUACGGCCACAGAACCCUAUGAAGAUCCAACCGGGGAGAUUAGGAUGAAGGGCGUGAAAAUCUCGGCUCGGCCGUUGUAUCUGGAUAUGCAGGCAACCUCGCCGGUGGAUCCGCGUGUCCUGGACGCGAUGCUCCCGUACUACAUCGGGAGGUACGGGAAUCCUCAUUCCCGAACUCACGUCUACGGCUGGGAGUCGGAACAGGCGGUGGAGACGGCUCGCAGUCAGGUAGCGGAGUUGAUCGGAGCCUCGCCGAAGGAGAUAAUCUUCACUUCCGGAGCGACGGAGUCGAACAACAUCUCCGUUAAGGGCGUGAUGAAGUUUUACAAAGAGAAGAAGCGGCAUGUCAUCACUACUCAGACAGAGCACAAGUGCGUCUUGGAUUCCUGUCGCCAUCUUCAGCAGGAAGGUUUCGACAUCACUUACCUUCCGGUCGGUGCCGAUGGGCUUGUGGACUUGGAGAAGUUGCGAGCUGCUAUCAGGCCCGAUACUGGUUUGGUCUCUGUCAUGGCGGUGAAUAAUGAAAUUGGAGUGAUUCAGCCGAUGGAGGAGAUAGGGCAGAUUUGCAAGGAGUUCAAAAUUCCAUUCCACACAGAUGCAGCCCAAGCUUUAGGUAAGAUUCCUGUUAAUGUCGAUAAAUGGAAUGUAAGUUUGAUGUCGCUCAGUGGGCAUAAGAUAUAUGGCCCCAAAGGGAUUGGAGCUUUGUAUAUGAGGAGGCGGCCUAGAAUCAGAGUGGAGCCUCAAAUGAAUGGCGGUGGGCAAGAGAGAGGGAUACGUAGUGGGACAGUGCCCACUCCUCUGGUUGUGGGAAUGGGUGCAGCAUGUGAGCUUGCUGCCAAGGAGAUGGAGUAUGAUGAUAAGAGAAUCAGUGGUUUGCAAGAGAGGUUACUCAAGGGGAUGAGAUCGAAACUUGACGGGAUAGUUGUGAAUGGGAGUGAAGAGAGGCGAUAUGCUGGGAACGUGAACAUUUCAUUUGCUUAUGUUGAAGGUGAGAGCUUGUUGAUGGGGCUGAAGGAGGUGGCAGUUUCAAGUGGGAGUGCAUGCACCAGUGCCAGCUUGGAACCUUCUUAUGUGUUGAGGGCGUUGGGCGUGGAUGAAGAUAUGGCACAUACUUCAAUUAGGUUUGGAAUUGGGAGGUUUACUACCGAGGAAGAGAUUGAUAAGGCUGUGGAGCUUACAGUGGAGCAAGUCGAGAAGCUGAGGGAAAUGAGCCCGUUAUAUGAAAUGGUGAAGGAAGGAAUAGACAUAAAGUCUAUUCAAUGGGCUCAGCACUGA